CUGCGUUCUGGUCAUGCCAGACCCUGUAUUCACCAUUUCUUAAUUUUUGAGAACAACUUCCUGUCAAGAACGGAUUGUGAGGAAGAGUGUCCGGUGUUGGAGAAUCCGUGCGAGAAUGGUGUUCCAGCUGUUGGUCCUGAAGGUAAUCCAGUUCACUGUACCCCAGACACAGUGACAACGUGUUUUGCUGGUUAUUACUGCCACGUUGGCGCGACACCUGCGACAACUUUGGCGAUCCAUGCCGCUUGCCGAAGUCUACUGGCACUGGAAAUGCGGUUCUCAACCGAUGGUAUUAUAAUGCACAAUCUCAAGUAUGCGUUAAUUUCGUUUACAGUGGCCAGGGCGGUAAUUCGAAUAAUUUCCAAACACACGAGGAAUGUGCAGAAGCGUGUCCUGAAUUCAAGUUCGUUUCCUAUUUGAUU